AUGAUUUAUGGUACCAAUGGUGAGUUUGAGGUUGAAGAGAUUCUUGAUGUGUGUCGUGAGUUGCUACAACAGUACAAGGCUAAAGAGAAGAGAGGUAGCGAUAAAAGUGGCUUGGUUGAUCCUAAUUUUUCUGAUGACCCAUCACUUAGUGGAUAUGACUUGUAUGCCUCUCAACGAAAGAGAAAGUCUACAAAAUCGGAGUUGGAUUUGUAUUUGGAUGAGGAUGUUCUACCACGAACGCCCGAUUUCGACGUCUUAAGUUGGUGGAACUCUAAUAAAGGCAAGUACCCGAUUUUGCAUCAAAUUGCUCAGGAUAUCUUAGGAAUUUCAGUCUCUACUGUUGCUUCCGAGUCCGCUUUUAGUACGAGCGGACGAUUGAUUAGUCCUCAUCGUAGUAGACUUCACCACAAGACUAUUGAGGCGUUGAUGUGUUCACAAAGUUGGAUGCAAUGCGAGCAAGAAAAUAAAACACAUGGGGAAAAUGCAACGGUUUUUUAUGAUUCGGAUGUCGAGGAUAACGAGACUUAG